GAAUAAAUUGUUCAGAUUUGCCACAUGAAAAAUAAUAUUAAUAUAAUGUCAUAAAAUCUUUCAUGUAACAUAUAUAGCCAUAUUUUUCAUACAUUUUAAAUUUUGCAGAUCAUGUAGAUAUAUAGUGCCAAUUUCUACCUGGUAACUGUUUGGAGCUAGGAAUUUGAAUUUCACAUGAAACAGUGUAAAUUCCUCAGGAUUUGUAAGGCGCUGAUGCUACUCGAGUUUCGCUAGUGUUUUUUUUAAGCUUUUUUUUUUAAGCGCAGGGCAACGCACUGAAAAGCACAAGCCGCGAAGGCCCGACUCCUGAGCCCAGCAAACCACAGCGUCUUUGCCCCCACCGUGCUCUCCAAUCGCUCUCCGACUCCGGCCGCCGCGCCAUGGCGUCUCCUCCAGGGGCGAACCGCGCAGCCUCCUCCUCGAGUGGGGCGCCCUUGCCGUUUCCCUUCCCCGUCGCGGCCCACUUCCCCUCCCGCGCCGCCGGCCACUUCCUCCGGCAGCAACACCUGCCCGCCACCUCCGACGGCGACGAGGAGGUCGAAGAGGAUGAGGGCAGCAUGGACGACGACAGCGGCGAAGAGGAGGCCGAGCUGGUGGGCGGGGCGGCCCGCGGCUCGCGGCAGCGGUGCGCCUCCUCCUCUCCAGGAAUCGAGCGGGCAGUGUUGGAUGGGGAGAAUGGAGCAAGUCACAUCCAAGAGGGGCAUCAAUGGCAGCAGCACAGCCAUGUGUAUAACCGUGGAACCGAGCAAUAUGUUCGUACUUCGUCCGGAGGGGACGAACCUGGUACUAUCCCCAGAGACAAGAGGGUUGAGAAUGGAUACGGAGUUAUUGGAAGAAGAGAGGGGGGUCCUGCAUCUAGCUAUUGGGACCUGCUGAGAGCACACCUCUCUGAUCCGUUGACAGGUAUUCUCAUGGAUGAUGCUAUGAUUCUAUCAUGCGGCCAUUCAUACGGAAGUAGUGGAAUGCAACAUAUCUACAGAAUGAAAGCUUGUGGCAAAUGUGGUCAGCCAAUUACCGAGGACUCCAUUAGACCAAACUUAGCUCUUCGCCUUGCAGUUCAGGCUUUGAAACGUGAAGAAGAGUCAGCAAAAGCAUUGAAAAGAAGAAGAGAGCGCCUUGAACAGGUAUACACCCUUUUCCCUCGCCUCGCCGCGCCGGUCCGCACCGCCGCCAUGGAGAGGGAGCUUCUGGAGACAUUCGAGGCGGCCAAGAAGGCGGCCGACGCGGCAGCCGGGGAGGCCGACUCGCCGGAGGCCGACCGCUGCCUCGACGCGCUGCGGCGGCUGCGCGCCAUCCGCGUGAACACCGACGUCCUCGUCUCCACGCAGCUUGGCAAACGUCUUCGGUACCUUACUAAGCACCCUCACUCAGACAUUCAGGCAGUUGCUACAGACCUUUUUGGGUACUGGAAAAAGGUUGUUCUUGAAGAGACAGGAAAGAAAAAUGGCACCUCAGAGAAUGAAAAAUUAAGUAUCUCUUCAGCAAAGGCUGAGAAGGCUCAGCCCAUGAAGGUUGAUAAAAAUUCUGCAUCAGCAAGUGUAAAGGUUGAGAAAAGAGAUGCGGAUGUCAGGGACCAGAAGCCUGCUUUUUUCAAAGUUGAGAAGAUCACUAAUAAUGAUUCCAAAGCUCAACCUGUGAAGGUAGAGAGGGUUUCUAACGAAGUCAGUAGAACUCCUGGUACAAAGAAGCCAUCAUCUGUGCCUAAUGGUCCCCCAAAGCUUACGUCCCUUGUCAAAUGCAAUGAUCCUACCCGAGAUAAAAUCCGGGAACUACUUGCUGAAGCCUUCUCAAAGGUUUCUGGAGAGACCAGCAAGGAUGACAGAGAGGAAGUGAGAAACAUCUUAGAUGAAGUAGAUGCAUGCGACCCAUUCAGAGUUGCUGUGACAGUGGAGUCUGCACUAUUUGAGAAGCUUGGACGUUCCACUGGAGCUCACAAGGCAAAAUACAGGUCAAUCAUGUUCAACCUGAGGGCCGACAACAAUACUGAUUUUCGGAGAAGGGUUCUCAUCGGUCAAGUGAGGCCUGGGAGGCUUCCAGACGUAUCCCCCGAAGAGAUGGCCAGUGAUGCAAGGAAGCUUGAGAAUAAACAGAUCAAGGAGAAGGCUCUGUUCGAUUGUGAGCGUGGAGGAGCACCAAAGGCAACGACCGAUCAGUUCAAGUGUGGCAGAUGUGGCCAGCGCAAGACGACUUACUAUCAGCUCCAGACUCGGAGUGCUGAUGAACCGAUGACAACAUUUGUGACAUGCGUGAACUGCAACAAUCGCUGGAAGUUCUGUUGAGUGCCAACCUGCUAAAAUGUUUGCCCCGUUAAUUCUGCCCUUAGAGUAUGACAAGCAGGUUGGUUUCAAUUUUCGGUACAUUAGGAGCCUGUUUCUUUUCCCUGUUUUCCUUCUCUUUGCGAACCUGAUUUAUUCAGAUUGUACUAGUUGACUGCAUAAAUGUUGUUGACUUGAUUUACCAUGCGUAGCUGUACGCGCAAGUCUUGGAUAGCUGUGCGGUUCAUUGUAAAGGAGAUCAUAGGGUUGUUUAUGCCAGUCAUGUACUCGUAUUUUCAUGACAAUAAUGCUGAAAGCGCUGCUUCUGGGA